AUGCGGAAGAAGAUGGUAACUACCUUCAACGGGGAGGUGGUGGAGAAGCACGACAAACUAUUUGAUGAAGGGCAUUUGGAUUCAGAUCUUUCUUCAGUGAUGAAAGCUGGGGAGCCAGACUUUGACUGGAACCGGGUGAGCUUCAUCUUGGAGGCCCAUGGCACAAGCCUUGCUGGAUACGUGGAGAAGCACCAGGAUCAAAGCAAGAAUGCCCUGCGGCGGAGCAUGCAGGCAGCAUUCAACGCAUGGGUUGAGGAACUCCGGGCGGACCAAGCUCAAUUUUCUUCGGACAAAGUGUUGGCUGAGAAAGAAGGUGUCCGUCAACGUGCCAAGUUGGUCAAGCAGCUGGAGGACUGCCACACAAGGGCUUGGGACGCAGUGGCCUCCUACAUGCAGAACCACAUCAAGGUGUUGUCCGGCCGCACCUUGGAAGCGGAGCAGACGCUUAUGCCGGCCAGCAGAUCGUGGUUGCGAGACACGGUGAUGGAGGUGUCAAAUGGGGCAGCUGACGACCACAGCAUCAUUGUGCUCAUGCAAUGUCCUGUGGUUGGCAUCAUGUCGGCAGCCUUCAAAGGGUUCAUGAUCACCUACAUCUGCAACAUUCUCACCUGUGAAGCGGUAGAGAAGAAAGAGGAAUCGAAUGUCAAAAUGGACGAAAGUGAGGAUGAGAAUUGCCCGGGCAUCAAAUCAGUGGAAGAGUCCGAGGAAAUUCAAGUUCGGGACAUCAGGUACAACUUGGAGACGCAAUUGUCCAUGAAAGACCGAAAUUUGAAAGUCCGGCCAAUGACGUGGAUCUUCGACCCGGUAGCUGCGGGGACCGACUUCGUACAGAAAACUCUGGACGCAUUCCAAAUCCGCUCCUCGAAAACAAAUGUGCUGGUGGAUUUGUACGGCUACGACGGCUGGGCUGCCCUGGCCUGCCUGCAGGAUAAUCAGACUGAAGCAAGGACAGGAGCAUCGGAAGAUGACCCUUUGGAAAGACCUGCGAAGCGGAUCAAGCUUGAGGUGAAAAUUGAGCUAAGUCACCAUGAACGUGAUGGUGAUGGAAACUUCAAAUCAGUGAAGCCUCUCGUCUUCGUAAUGGACGAACCAGUGGAUGACGGACAGCAGGAUGCAACCAAGAAGGAAAAGGAGAAGAAGAAGAAAAAGCCGGUGAUCACAUCCCGCAACUUCGGGGCCUUUGUCUCAAUUCCGGCCGUGAAGGGUGCCGACAACUUGGUCCUUGCGUGGCGAUGCAGGAUAGAUGCCGCUGGUGCCACCGAGAAGGGAGCAAAGCUCAUCGUGCCGAUUCGACCCGUGAUGUGUUUGAAGUACCAGCUGGAAGUGAACAGUGAGACCGUUUGCUUGGUGUGA